GGGAACCAUUAAUUCCAUAUCAGGCUAGAAUCAUCGAGGACGCUAAAAAUGUAUGACGGUGUCCGUGACACUAGAGAAAUUGCGCUAUUCAGAGCGUUAAUGUUCGGACAGUGCCAUCUACUGCUCAGUAACGAAAACGCGACUGCAAUGUCAAGAGCGUAAAAUACCGGACAACGAGAUAGUGCAGGGGCAGCAUCUGCAACAUAAAGGUUAAAGCAUGGAUCAAUUUCGAAGCAUAUUCCUUAAACUGGACAAAAAUGAGGAUGGUUUCAUUACUGUUGAUGAACUGCGCAAGGAGAUGACGAAAAUUGGCAUUUCGUCAGUGGAUGAGAAAGCUCAGGCAAUUGUGGGGAAGUACGACAAAAAUAAUGAUGAGCAUUUAGAUUAUGAGGAGUUUCUCAGCUAUAUGAUGGACAGAGAAAAGAAAUGGAAAAUACAUUUUCAGACCCUUGACAAAAAUAAAUGCGGAGCUAUUGACCAGGAUGAAAUCAUGCAUUUGUUUAAGGAGUUGGGGCUAAGCAUUUCAAAGCAGAACGCAAAGAGAAUAAUUCAAAUGAUGGAUGAGGAUAGUUCCAUGACUGUGGACUGGGGGGAGUUCCUUCAGCACAUCGUCCUUAACCCAGCCGAGGACAUAGGAGAGCUAGUUUCAUCCUGGAAACGUAGCCUGGUGUUUGAUGUGGGUGAGAGUCGUGCGAUGCCUAUGGAUUUCACCCAAGAAGAAACUGAUUCAGGAAUCUGGAAGAAGUAUAUUUUGGCGGGAGGAAUGGCAGAUGCUGUGUCCCGAACUGCCACAGCACCAAUCGACCGCUUAAAAACUCAGCUUCAGGUUUAUGGCUCGAAAGCUCUGUCCCGGGGUCUUAGAGAACUCCAGUUUGGGGGCUUUAAGUCCAUGUGGCAGGGGAACGCUGUGAACGUUCUGAAAGGAACUCCCCAGUCGACCCUGCAGUGCCUCAUCUAUUCCCAGAUGAAGGUGCACUAUCAGGGUCCAGAUGGGUUGUCUGUACAGCAGAGGUUUGGACUGGGCUGUGUGUCUGGGGCAGCCGCCCAUUCUGUCUUCUACCCACUUGAGGUGUUAAAGGUGAGACUGAACCUCAUGCAGAGGGACGCCUACGGUGGGGUGCUAAGAUGUGCCCAGUCCAUUUACCAAAAUGAAUCUGUCCUUGCCUUCUACAGAGGUUUCAAGCCAAGCAUCCUCUGCAUGGUUCCAUAUGCUGGGGUUGAGUGUGCUGUCCACCAGUCAAUAAUGUACUGGGCAAAGACAGAUCCAGCCAACAGCAGUGAUUCCAGGCUGUUUUUCUUCAGUUUCCUCGCCUUUGCGUCAGGACAAACGGCCAGCUACCCCUUGGCAGUAAUCAGAACACAGCAACAGGCUCAGGCUUUCAAUGUGAAUCCUCAAACCGCAAAUGCACUUCAAGGACUUACUGAUAUCUAUGUGAAGCAUGGGCUACGGGGCUUCUACAGUGGAAUGGGAGCAAGUUUUGUGAGGGCAGUUCCUUGUGCCCUUUUGAACUACACUUUAACCUCAAAACUUGAAAUGUUGCUUUCUUCUUUUAAGUAACAAUUCAUGUUGAAAUAUACAUUUUCAAAAUUGCAUAUAAAAGGUUUUGUGAAAUUCUGAAUGUAUUCCCUGGCAACUAUUCAUUGUUGAAUUAUAUUUUAUUAGUUUGUUGAUUUAUUUGGAGGAAUAUGUGCUUUCCUCUUGUUUGUUUUCAAAAAUGUACUGUUUGAUGUACUCUGACAGAUUAUGUAUUUGUUUUUAAUAUUGACUUAUUAAUGUCUCAGUUUUUUAAAAAGAUGCUAUUGUGUUC